AUGUUGUCAUUUCUCUCUUUGACAAUUAUUUUCGUUUUGAUCGGAUUUUCAAAAGCACAAUCUGACACUUCAACAACCUCUGUCGCAUCAACAGAAUUAACUAGCUCUACAGAGGCCAACUCAACAGAGUCUUCUGUCUCGUCCUCAGAAUCGACAGAGGAAACAGGUUCAACUCAAUGUGUAAAAGAAUGUUGGGGUUAUGCGAGAUGUGUAUAUUGUGAUUGCUCAGAUGAAUGCGGAAUAAAUUACUAUUUUGAAGCCGAAUGUAUAAAGAAAAAUUGAGGAGCUUAUAAGAAAAGAAAAUUCUAAAUCGAAGAAUACUUAAUUU